GUUUAAUUCUUUCUUUCUAUAACAAUAACUUCUCCAAGAAUGUCGCGCUUGUUUGCUUUGCUCCUGGUUAUCCUAUUGGUCAGCUUUCCUUGCUUAAUCAUUGCUCAGGACGAUGUCCCGGAUGUUUCCCUGCGCUGGGAUAUUGUACGAAAAGCUGUGUGUCUGAAGAGAGCCAAGUAUGGCAAGUGCGGAGGUCACCGCAAAAUGUGGUAUUAUGACAUUUAUAAAAAACAGUGCAGUACGUUUACCUACUCCAACUGCGGGGGCAACACCAAUCGCUUCUUCUCCAAAGAAGAGUGCGAGGACUAUUGUGUUUCAUCGGCAAUGGAACAAUUAAAGAAAAAAGUAUAAUUAAAAUAGUAAUGA